GCUUUUUCUCUCUACUGCAUGGAGUUCGAUGCAAACUUCAGAGAGGAUUUUCCUUUUCUUUCCAACCUUUUCUCUGAUGAUAAUACUCCCCCGAAACCAGAGUUGACAGAUGGGUUUUCCUUAGAACCCUCAGCUUCCUGUAAGGACAGCUUGUUUGAUGAUCUUCACGGCCAUUUUGAUCACUUUCCCCUUACCGGGUCUAAUUUGAAUCCUCACGACCAUGGUGAUCAUUUCAACGUUGAGGGUUCUACCUCGAACCCCCUUUCUGGGAUUCGAGAGUGUCCGUGUACGGAUCCAUGUGAAGCUUAUGCAAAUGCGUUUCUGAACGAUUUCACUGCAAGCCUGUUUGCAUCGGAUAGUACAAAUGAAAACAUGCAGGGCUUUGAAAGUUCUUAUCUGAGCUUUUGGGAUAAUCCUGAUCAAAAAAAUCUUGUUCAGCCUACGACAGGCGGCCAAAGUCAUAUUUAUCUGCCGCUGAAUAUUCAAGAACAUGAUGGACCAUCAAAUGGUAGGUUUGCAGAUGAUAUCUCAUGCAUAACCGCGGAAAAUGAAUAUAAUAGGAAAUUAGCAGUUCAGAGGAAGAUCAGGAAGCGAGCUGAGCACAUGAGAAAGGCAGGCGAAGUUCAAAAGAAACCCAGCAUGAUCAAAGGCCAAUGGACUCCUCAAGAAGACAGGCUGUUGCUGCAGUUGGUCGAUCGGUUUGGAACAAAGAAAUGGUCUCAUAUUGCUAGGAUGCUGAAUGGAAGGAUGGGAAAGCAGUGUAGAGAGAGAUGGCACAACCAUCUGCGGCCAGACAUUAGGAAAGAUGCAUGGAGCGAGGAAGAAGAUAAGAUACUAAUUGAAGCCCACAAAGAAAUAGGAAAUAAAUGGGCAGCAAUUGCGAGGAGGCUGCCAGGAAGGACUGAGAACACUAUCAAGAAUCAUUGGAAUGCAACUAAAAGAAGGCAACUCUCCAAGAAGAAAAGCAAGGACUCGGAUUCGAAUGGCUCCCUCCUGCAAAGCUACAUAAAGAGCGUGACUUCAGCUUCAGCACCCAGAAUCGAUAAGAACAUCAAUAUGCUCUCUGCAUCGGACAAACAAAUGGUCAGUAUGAUGACCAAACCCCGAAUUGAUCAGCUCGAGAGCUCAGAUCUCAACUCUGCCGACUGGGCAAUCCCAGUUUAUAACGAUCAUAAUUAUUACGAGGCUAUGGGUUUGCUUUUUGACAAAGAUAUGCUUCCGGAAACUCAUGGCUUUAUGUCCAUGCUUGAAGAGAUGCCCUAUAGUUCUUUGGUAGAAGAUAGCAACAUGGAGUAUGAGACGCCAUUGGAGACGGAUAAUCUUGUGCAGGGUGAGGUAAAGAAGGAGAUGGAUUUGAUGGAGUUGAUAUAUCAGGGCAAACUGUGAGCUCUGUAGAAUUCCUGCUCGGCUUCUCUAGCAAGCUGACAAAGUAUAUCAAAGUCCAAGACUUUCAUCUUCUAAACUUUUCCGAAGCGUUUGGGGCGUAAAAGUAGUGGGCUAAAUGUCAUUUUCUUGGUUGGUUUUUUUUUCUUCGUUGGUGUCAGAGAAUUUGGAUUAGUUGUAUU